UCUCACACACAUACAGUAUCUAUGUACAGUAGGUUCCCUUUGCUGACAUGAAAACCUAGUGAUCACUCUAGUUCCUCAUUGGCAGAGAAAAUAAAAAGGAAGCUGGACAAUGUGACCAGUAAGUCUUUGUAUUUAAGGAAGACAAAAAGCCACAUCACUGACUUUAGAGAGGGUAGACUGGAUCACAGAGUCACAGAGUGAGGGGAGAAGGAGACAGGAGGUAAUAGAAGGAGUAAGGCCAGGAGACAACAACAAAACAAGCAACAACUACAGCAGGAAGAAGAACAUGGGUGGACGAGUGGCACAGAGCUGCUGGCUGCUGCUCACACUCUCUGUGGAAGGUAUUCUUGCAGGUGAUUGGUCAGUUCAUCUCCCCUCGGGUCCUAUCUGUGCUGUGACUGGUUCCUCUGUUGUUCUCCCUUGUUCCUAUGACUACCCCCAAAGUUCUAAUGAAACCGAGAAAGAAGGACGGCUCUCUGCUCAGGGUGGAGGAGGAGGACAGUACAAAGUUUUGUCUGAAAUGUGGUGUCUCGAAGACAGUCGUUGCCUCACAUCAAGAUACGUCUUCCACAGUGAUGGUAUCUUCCCAGAUCCAUCCUACCAGAACAGGGUGGAGUACCUGGGACAACCCGGAACCAGAAACUGUUCUCUGAGGAUUUCUGAUCUGAGGCAAUCGGACAGCGGAGCGUAUGUGUUUUACCUCAUCACCAGCCACCCGACAGAGAAGAUGCCAGAGCAGAGCGGUGUACAGCUGCUGGUGGCAGACUCCUCCAGUGCAGUCACAGUGUCAGCGAGUCCGUCCAGUGACAUCACACAGGGUGAAGCCUUACGUCUGGCCUGCUGCAGCCCUGCUGCCAGUCCACAGGCUCGUUUCAGAUGGUACAAGAGCACAAGCACCAGCCUGAGACAUGCUGGACAGGUGUGGAACAUCAGUGACGUUACAUCUGAUUACUCUGGCAGCUACUACUGUGAGAUACAGACUGGAGAUAAUGUGCAGAAGUCAGCAAUGCUGCCCAUUGACGUAGAGUACUCUCCUCGAAACACAGCUGUCUCCAUCUCUUCUCAUGAAGUGGUACAGGACGGACAUCCUGUAACUCUGACCUGCAGCAGUGAUGCCAACCCGCCUGUCCACACAUAUACCUGGUACCAGGGUGCAGCAUGUCUCCCUACAGCAGACAAAAGCUUUUAUCCAGCAAGAAUAUCCCCGGCUAGACCCACAGGAAGUGGCCUGACACUGCCACACAGCAGUUCCAGCAUCACCACUGAGCAAUGUGGGCAGCACUGCUGUGUGGCACGUAACAGACAUGGAUCACAGACUCACAGCGUCACACUCGCAGGUCCCAAAGGAGACAAAUCGUUGAUCAUUGGACUGAUUGUUGGGGCUGUACUGGUUAUUAUGGCCAUAGUGGCCAUUGUCAUAGCAAGGAGCCGGAAGCCAUCCAGACAGCAGUCGUAUGUCCUCACCGAGACAACUGCUACAGCACCUUAAGGUCUCAGCAAGUCUGGGACAAACACCCUACAACCACCAAAAGCAUAAGACACCUUUUUUAUUUAAUUACAGGAACUCCCUUGGACACUUGUAUGUUACCUCCACGCCUCAUAUUGCCAUGUAAACCUCUUUAACACAAGCACAGCCGCCUUCAAACCAGCAUCAAUAUCACAUGCUGUAGCACAGUUUGGCCUGCUUGAGGCCAUGACUGAAAUCAUGUACACAGAAUAAAAACAAGUCUGUUGAUAGCGGCAAUCACUCAUACAGUGUGCGACAACCUGAAGAUCAUAUGAUGAGACUUUGCUGAACAUUUAAGCAUGCAGGACACAAUUCUGAAACGUUUACUCCCUGGAUUUCAAUGCACUGAGCUCAACGAAGAUGGGCUUUAAAGACUCAAUGCUUAAUCAGAAAACCAACAGAACUGAGGAGAAACUGUCUUUACUCUGUGGGCUGAUGAUCUCAUCAUUGGUUCCAUUUGUUUAAGUGCAAUUGUGCUGCUGUCAGGAUUCAACCAAGCGAUCUUCAAGAAAAGAAUAUUUAUUAAAACAAGAAAAUAGACUCUGUUGCCUCUUCUAAUGACCAAAAUCCUAGUUUGUGUUCUAGUAGGUUGAACUGCUGCAAGGGCAGAUGUAAAUUUGAAUACAUCCUCCAUGGUUAAUAACAUAUGAAGACCACAUCCAGAGUUAUUGUAAGGACUUGGAUUUUAACAACACGCCACAGAGUGCACCCAGUACUGUGUAAGCAAUGUCCAGAAACAGCUGGUACCGAGAGCCUGUUAGUGAUGAUGAUGAGCCUGAAGAUGAUGAUGCAAAAUAUGGACAUAAUGAUCCAAUUAAACGCUGUUGGCAGUGAGGACUGGGUCACAUCUGUGUGGUUUUGAGUAAACUCUCCAGUGUGAUAAGGCUCUAACAGAUACUGACCAGAGCCUGAGGAUGAAAACCAGGCGGACAGUGACUCUGACACCCGGACAUUCAUUUACAAAAUGUUCUUUGAUAUCAACUCUUCAUCUCAUUAGUCUAUUUUUAGAAUUUUGCUUUAGUCUGAUUUGUUAUAUUGGAGUGAGCUGAGCAAAGGGGUGCAAAUGUUCUCUAUUUUUAAAAUGCUAAUUAAGUAAACAAGGAAGUACAGUGCUUCAUUUCCCAAAUAUUUAAAGAGACAGUGUCACAUAAUGUAUGUGCAUAUCACUUGUUGUUUUCUUUGGCUGUGUUUACUGUUUAACAUUUCUGUGAUGUGUUAAAGCUGGAGUAAGCAGUUUUUAUGUAGUUUGUUUUUUUGGUGUCUUUGGGCAAAAAAAAAUCAUUAAAAACUUUGAGUAUAUUGUAA